CCUCCUCCGCCUCGUGGCCGCCUGCCGCGCGCCCGCUCACCAUGCUGAUUCAAGCUACCAUGCUGUCAAAUGGCAGAGCACAGCAUCUUUUUCCAAUCCAUUUCUAGUGCUAGCUCGGCCUCGACGCGAACCGCUACGUGGCGCACUCGGCGAUCAGCAUGUACGCACGGUGCGGCCGCCCGGAGGACGCGUACAGGGUGUUCGACGGAAUGCAGCACCGGGACGUCGUCUCCUGGAACGCCAUGAUCUCUGGGUUCGCGCGCGCGGGUUUGUUUGAACGUGCGGUGGAGGUUUUCAAGGAGUUUGUGGCACUGCAGUGUUCAAUCCCCGAUGCCGGUACAAUGGCAAGCAUCUUGCCAGCUACGGGGAAUGCCAAGGCAGAGGACAUAUUAUUCGUCAGGAAAGCGUUUGACGAGAUGCAGUUUAAACAACUUAUUUCUUGGAAUGCAAUGCUCGCUAUAUAUGGGUACCAUGUUAAGGCUGUUGAACUGUUCUUGAGGAUGGAAGAGGAUGGGAUUGGGGUCAAACCUGAUUCAGUGACUCUGGCAACAGUUCUUCCUCCAUGUGGGGAGCUCUCAGCAUUUUCGGUGGGAAAACGGAUCCAUGAGAAUAUCAAGAGGAAAAUGAUGCUCCCUAACUUGUUGCUUGAAAAUGCUCUCUUGGACAUGUGUGCUAACUGUGGAUGUUUGAAGGAUGCUUCGGAGGUCUUUGAUUCCAUGAGUGCACGGGAUGUGAUACCGUGGACUUCAAUCAUAUCUGCUGAUGGCAAGCAUGGUCAUGGAAGAGAGGCUGUUGAUCCUUUUGAGAAGAUGCUAGGACAGGGUCCGGAACCUGACUCUAUUGCCUUCGUUGCUGUUCUCGCAGCAUGCAGCCAUGCUGGUCUUUUGGAUGUUGGAAAAUGCUACUUCGGUUCUAUGACGUCCAGGUAUCACAUAGCUCCUAAAGCAGAGCACUAUACUUGCAUGGUGGACCUUCUUGGCCGCGCUGGUUGUAUAAGUGAGGCAUAUGAUUUCAUCACGACAAUGCCUAUUGAGCCAAAUGAAAGAGUCUGGGGAGCCUUAUUACAAGCUUGUCGAAUUCACUCUAGUAUGGACAUUGGGGUUGUGGCAGCAGACAGUUUAUUCCGAUUGGUACCUGAGCAAACAGGAUAUUAUGUGCUAUUAUCUAAUAUGUAUGCUAGGGCUGGGAGAUGGGCUGAUGUUACCUCGGUGAGAAGUGUCAUGGCAAACAAGGGUAUCAAGAAAUUGCCUGGUGCUAGCAUUGUUGAGCUAGGGGAUCGGCUUCACACAUUUCAUAUUGGUGAUAGAUAUCACCCGCAAUCUGAAAUGAUCUAUCAGAAAUUGGAUGAGCUAUUGGGAAGAAUCAGGGGAAUGGGUUAUAACCCAGAGGUGGAGGCCACACUUCAUAAUGGUUAAGAAGACAAGGAGGGUCAUCUUUCAGUUCACAGUGAGAAAUUGGCUAUUGCAUUUCUCCUAAUAAACACUAGUCCAGGGACACCUAUCAGGGUAACUAUGAAUCUCAGAACAUGUGGUGAUUGACAUUUUGCUGCAAAGCUGAUCUCAACAAUCACCGGUAGAGAGAUUGUCCUCAAAGACACCAAUAGGAUCCACCAUAUAGUACAAGGAGCUUUCUCAUGUGGGGAUUAUUGGUAGAGGAUUUAGGAUUAUCAAAUACACGGGCUGUUGAGUCAAGCGUGACUGUUGAAGAGAAAGGAUCUUUGCUCUUUCAAUUCACCUGUCGUCAACUUGUGCCUGAUUGGAUUGAAAGGAUGAUAGCUAUGUGGAUCGAAUCUGUCACAGAAUUGCAGCAUCUGGGUUCUAACAGUCAAAAAGAAAAUAAAAGCCUAUCUAGGCGUGAGCACUUGCAAAAGAAAUCUAUCAGAAAGACUAAACAGAAGUACAUAAAUCAAUUAUCAGCUUUCAAUUGUUAUUCAACUUUUGUGAAGCAGAUGCGUAUAACGGGUGGACAUCAAGCACUAACUUAUAAGAGAACAUUCAGCAUUUGUCUGCUCAAUUAUACCUGCCUAUCAUCUUCCAACUGAACAAGAACCUGUGGAACAGAGAUGUUCAGGAAGCUUGCAAGCAAUGAUAUGCCACUACUUCUUUAAAGUGUCAGUUUCUACCGUCCCAACAAAUCUUAGGAACAACAGUCACAGAAGCUAUUACCCCUUGGCUCAUGUUAAGAAGUUACAUGACUGUCAAUCAGCUUCCCACGCAGCUCUCCUCUAUUCGCUCCCAAGAAAAUCACACUAUAUACAUGGCAGUCCAUUUCGCAAUAAUGCAUCCUAUAUUCCUAUUAGAUAGUCAGGACAGGCAAGCAGUUCUAGGAGUGAAAACUAAAAAGGAUUUCUAUCAUGUUGUCUGCGGCAGGAAUCCAAGGCAUGCACUUCUCUUUUCUAUCACUACUUUGUUGUGGUCAUUUGAGUUUGUCAUGAUUGCAGUUGUGUGUUCAUGUCAGCUUGCAAAUCAUGCUCAUUUAGCAUUCCACGAUGAAGUACAAAAAAAAAUCACAGCAUAUCUUUCAGUACCUUUAUUAUGUGAAUUUAACUUACAAAAUUCAUGUCCCAUGAAUAAAUGCACGGGAAUAUAUAUUUAGCAGUACUUUUCAGCAAUACAUUUCCAAAAAAAGGUAAUUUUCUGGGCACUAUACUUUCUGUGAUCAUCCAUGCGUUAAUUUAUUUUAAUUUGUGGCCUUAAAAAAUAUUGAGUGUCUAAUGGCUAAAAAAGGGCAUAUGAAAAAGGUGGUUUGUACCAGGUCAACAAACAAAGGUAGUGUGGGAUUAAGGUGAAAAACUGGAAGUGUAUCUUCUUAUAUGGUCAAUGAUGUGAACAGUAAACACUAACCAGCAUCAUUAGCUGCAUAAACUUUGAAGCUCUAUUGCUGCAAGGACGCAGAUCACAUCCCUCCCGACACCGAAACAGCGGAAACCUCUCCAGCUGAUCUCCGCUUAGCACUUGUGGCUCCAACAGAUGCAGUUGACAACCGUGCUUGAUUUGUCCAGUAUGAUUACACUGCUCACAUUGAUCAGAAGGUAAGCUUGGUUUGUCUGAGAUCCCAAGUCCAACUAGAAUAUCCAUCACAUUCAUGUGAUUUUUUUUUCUGACAGUAGGUUCCAGAAGAUAAAGAUUACUUGUUGCAU